AACUUUCUCUUGUUCGUUCAACCAAACCAAAACAGAAAGAUCACAGAUCGUCAUCUUCUUUGCCAAGAUAGGAAGAAACAACUUCUAAUUUCCUUUCUGUGAACUGUGGUAUCCACUCAGCUAUUCGCAAUGAUAAGAUUUAUGCAGGAGUCGGCAGGUCCCGAGUUGGGGCAAGUGCCAGCGCAGUCAUCUCCUUCCAGCUCAGUCUCGGCUGAGCCUGGACAGGAGUUUGAAGUUUUCUUGAGCUUCCGGGGAGAGGACAACCGCAAAACGUUCACCGACUGCCUAUACCACAGCCUGACAGAAGCAGGGAUCCGUGCCUUCAGGGACAAUGAAGAGCUCCAUGUUGGGGAGGAGAUCGGGACCAAACUCAUGAGAUCCAUUAAGCAGUCGAAGAUCUGCAUACCCAUUUUCUCUAAAGGUUAUGCUUCGAGCAAGUGGUGCCUUAAGGAGGUGACUGAGAUGGUGAAGUGCAUCAAGGAGGCUACUGAACAUCUGAUCAUGCCGAUCUUCCUAGAUGUCACGCCUGAUGAGGUCCAACACCAAACUGGAUGCUAUGCUGAAGCAUUCUGCAGGCAUGAGAAGAAGUAUGACCUGGAGACAGUGCAGGGGUGGAGGGAUGCCCUCAAAGAGAUUGUCAAAUUGAAGGGUCUGGAGCUCAGCGAAGUGGCAAACGGAAAUCAAGGAGAAUUCAUUAAGUUGGUGGUUGCAAGGGUUCUGAGAGAACUGAAGCAAGCCAACUUGAAUGUGAGUGAGAUCUUAGUUGGAAUCGACGAUCAUAUGGAAGAAGUUAUACAACUAUUGGAGGUUGGCUUAAAAGAUGUUCGGGCUGUGGGCAUCUGGGGCAUGGGCGGCAUCGGAAAGACGACUCUUGCCAAGGUCAUCUACAACAAACUUCUGGAUCAGUUUGAGUUUUGUUGCUUCCUCAAUGAUGUUCGGGAAAUCUCCGAAAAGAAGGGUCUCCCGUCCUUGCAAACAAAACUGGCCUCAGACAUCUCAAGGGGCAACCAUGAAGAAUUUGCUAAUGUUGACGGAGGAAUCAAUGUACUUAAGAAAAGGCUUCUCGACAAGAAGGCCCUCGUUCUUCUUGAUGACGUUGAUGACAUUAGCCAACUUAAAGCGCUAGCAUCAGAUCUUGGCUGGUUUGGUCCAGGAAGUCGGAUUAUUAUCACAACUAGAGACAGGAAAGUUCUCAAUCUAUUUCAGAACUGCUCCAUUUAUGAAGCUGAACUAUUGAGUGAAGAUCAAGCUUUAGAACUCUUCUCUAAGCAUGCAAUUGGAGAUGCCUUGCCCUCGACUGAAUUUUACAAUCUGUCCUGCAAUAUCGUGGAGAGAACAGGAAGGCUUCCCCUGGCGCUUGAGGUCAUAGGUUCAUUUUUAUCUGCCUAUCGUGGAUGCAUGGACAUUUGGAAGGAUACAGUGGAGCAGUUGAAGAGAUCAGAGUCUAACAUGGACGUGCUAGAUAAUUUGAUGAUCAGUUACAAAUCGUUGGAAUACAAACAACAGCAGAUAUUUCUAGAUAUUGCAUGUUUUUUCUCCGGAGCAAAUGUUAGAGAUCUGAUUCCCAUGUGGGAUGACUGUGGCUUUUUUCCAACAGUUGCGAUUGAAAUCCUCCAGCUAAAGUCUCUGAUUAGAAUCCGAGAUGGCAACACUCUUUGGAUGCACGAUCAGCUUGUCGACCUCGGGAGGCUUAUUGUGGAACAAGAAAACUACAAAGAACCAGGGCUACGAAGUAGGUUGUGGAGAAGUGAAGAAGCUAUUGAUGUAUUAAUGGGAGAGCAGGGAAGCUCAAAAGUUGAAGCUGCUGCAAUUUCGGCAUAUAAAGGAACAGUUACUUUCACGAAUGAGUGUUUUAAGAAUCUAUCUAAGCUAAGGGUUCUUCAGCUGGAUGGUGUUAAACUUGACGGAACCUUUCUGCAUUUUCUGCCAAAGCUGAGAUGGCUCAGAUUGCCCAAGAAGACUGUGUCUCUGCCGGCUAAUUUGCAUCUAAGUUAUUUAACUUUCCUUGAUCUAUCAAGCAGCAUAAUUGAUGGGGACUUGAUCAGUUGGAGCUCAAUCAAGAUGGGGAAGUUAAAAAUUCUUAAUCUAUCUCACUGUUGGAAACUCAAAAGAAGUCCUGAUUUUUCCGCAUUUCCAGCCUUGGAGAGAUUGAUUCUUACAUCCUGUUAUGCUUUGGAAUGGGUUGACUCAUCAAUAGGGCUCCUCAAAGCUUUGAAACAUGUAGAUAUGAGGGAUUGCCGGGGAGUAAGGAAGCUGCCAGAGCAGUUGGGUUCUUUGGAGGCAUUGACUGAGCUUCUCAUUGACGGAACUCCUAUAUAUGAAAUACCGAUAUCAAAAGGUAUGAAGAAGCUUGAGAUUCUAUCUGCCAAUAAUUGCCUGCGCCUUAAUAGAAUUCCAGAGUCAGUUGGAUCCCUGAUAAAGCUAAAGCAGCUGUUGCUAGCAGACUGUGAUGCUUUAACUAAGCUCCCGGACUCCGUUGGGCAGUUAAGCUCCUUAGUAGAGCUGAAUUUGGAGAGAUCUGGAGUAACUCAUUUACCGAGGACUCUUGGAAAUUUAGAUAAGCUUGAAGUACUAGCCGGUGCCUUUGCUUCGAUAUGGAUAGUUCCAAACAAUCUCAGGGGCCUCUCGAAUCUAAGAAUGGAGAGAUCACACUUGAGAAUGGGUAAGAGGACUCCUGCAUACAUUAGUAGAUUUUCUCAUCCUCAGAAUGGUGUUGGUAAUUUUUUUGUCACAUAUAGUGUAAAAUCCCCUGGCUCCUCGAUGCUCACUUUACUAGAUCUCUCGGGAUUGGUUGACUUAAAAGAAUUGUAUCUAUGUGGGGAUUUUCUUAAGGAAGAAUGCCUGGCUAAGCUAAGCAAAUUGGAGAUAUUGGUUUUGAUAUCAGUAAACAUCAGCACUGUUCCUAAAGAGAUUGGCGCCUUCUCUUCGCUGGAAAUAAUUAAUAUCUCUGCUUGCAAAGAACUCAAAUGCCUUCCUACCCUUCCUGCAAGUCUGCUUUCGCUCAAAGUUAUUCAGUGUCCAUCACUCAAGAGGUUUCCAAAUGUUUCCAACCUCAAGAAACUGAUGGAAUUACUUGUGCAUUCCUGCUCCGUCCUCAGGGAAAUCGCCGGCCUUGCCAAUCUAAUCUCCCUGUAUUCUAUGGAGAUACGCGACUGCCCUAUAGCUAUGCUUGAUGGUCUUGAAAAACUUGAAUCUUUAAUUAUUUUGUCUGUUACAUCCUGCAAUGUUGUAAGACUGCCAGAAUUGUCGAGGUUGAAGAAUUUGUGGCACAUAGAUGCUUCGGAUAACAGGCAGUUAGUCAAGAUUCAAGGCCUUAACAAUUUGUGCAAGGUAAAAACUCUGGACCUCUCCAACUGCAUAUCCCUAGGGCGAUUACCGAAAUUAUCUGACCUGGAGUCAUUGGAGAUGUUGAACAUCAACAAUUGCAAAGCAAUUGAAAGCCUACAUGAUCUGCCAAGGUCGCAGAAGCUAAGAAAGUUGGAACUGAAAGCAUGCAAAAAGUUGUGCCAGCUUGAUGGACUGGAAGAAUUGAAGUCCCUGGAAGAACUGCGCAUAAUAGGGUGCGAUGCAAUUGAAAGCCUACCUGACCUAUCAAGAUUGCAGAGGUUAAAGACUCUGAAAAUCAAAGCAUGUGAGAAGUUGAGCCAACUUUCGGGGCUCGGGGAAUUGGAAUCUCUGUUGGUAUUGGACAUAAGACGGUGCAUAUCAAUUGAGAGGCUACCUCAUCUGUCAAAGACACGGAGAUUGACAUCUGUGAAGAUAAAAGCGUGUGAAAAGUUGUACGCAUUCGAGGGGCUUGGAUUGGAGUCACUGGACAAACUGGUCAUAGAGGAUUGCAAGGCAAUUGAAAGCCUGCCUGAUCUGUCAAGGUUGCAGAAGCUAAGAGAGUUGAAACUGAAAGCAUGUGAGAAGUUGAGCCACCUUUCGGGGCUCGGGGAAUUGGAAUCUCUGUUGGUAUUGGACAUAAGACGGUGCAUAUCAAUUGAAAGGCUACCUUAUCUGUCAAAGCCACGGAGAUUGACAUCUCUGAAGAUAGAAGCGUGUGAAAAGUAGUACGCAUUCGAGGGGCUUGGAUUGGAGUCACUGGACGCACUGGUCAUAGAGGAUUGCAAGGCAAUUGAAAGCCUACCUGAUCUGUCAAGGUCGCAGAAGCUAAGAAAGUUGGAACUGAAAGCAUGCAAGAAGUUGUGCCAGCUUGAUGGACUGGAAGAAUUGAAGUCCCUGGCAGAACUGCGCAUAAUAGGGUGCGAUGCAAUUGAAAGCCUACCUGAUCUAUCAAGAUUGCAGAGGUUAAAGACUCUGAAAAUCGAAGCAUGUGAGAAGUUGAGCCAACUUUCGGGGCUCGGGGAAUUGGAAUCUCUGUUGGUAUUGGACAUAAGACGGUGCAUAUCAAUUGAGAGGCUACCUUAUCUGUCAAAGACACGGAGAUUGACAUCUGUGAAGAUAAAAGCGUGUGAAAAGUUGUACGCAUUCGAAGGGCUUGGAUUGGAGUCACUGGACAAAUUGGUCAUAGAGGAUUGCAAGGCAAUUGAAAGCCUGCCUGAUCUGUCAAGGUUGCAGAAGCUAAGAGAGUUGAAACUGAAAGCAUGUGAGAAGUUGAGCCACCUUUCGGGGCUCGGGGAAUUGGAAUCUCUGUCGGUAUUGGACAUAAGACGGUGCAUAUCAAUUGAAAGGCUACCUUAUCUGUCAAAGCCACGGAGAUUGACAUCUCUAAAGAUAGAAGCGUGUGAAAAGUUGUACGCAUUCGAGGGGCUUGGAUUGGAGUCACUGGACGCACUGGUCAUAGAGGAUUGCAAGGCAAUUGAAAGCCUGCCUGAUCUGUCAAAGUCGCAGAAGCUAAGAGAGUUGAAACUGAAAGCAUGCGAGAACUUGUGCCAGCUUGAUGGACUGGAAGAAUUGAAGUCCCUGGAAGAACUGGACAUAAUAGGGUGCAAUGCAAUUGAAAGCCUACCUGAUCUAUCAAGGUUGCG